AACUGAAUGUGAAUCGCCAUCAUGCAGCUGCAAGGCCAAACUGGUAAAAGUGGUCACCUAAAAUAAUUCAUCCCACAAGCCGUUUCCUGCUAAGCAGAGAAUCAUAUGCGUGAAUAUAUUGCCAUCUGUGUUACUAUUUUUGUUAUUUUUUCUGAGUACAGUUCGCUGCAAGAAUUUGUCAUCACUUUGGGCACACUCACUCUCAAGACAUAGGGACAUUGAGGACCAAACUCUUCAAACAAUACAGCUGAACGUCAUGGAUCAACAGAUGGAUAUCUAUGUCAAUGAAGAGGGACCUUUUGGUUAUUCUAGCAAAAGGAAGAGUUUGGCAAAAAGUUCGGAAAAUAUUUAUGAAAGUCUGGAGCCAAACAGAACUGGACCUGCACUCUCAAGUGCUGAAGAUGUGAAGAAGAGUUCCUGCAGAGCUGCUGCGGUGGGUCAGGGUGUGCUGAGUCUUCUCCUUCUGACUGGACUCAUAACUCUGGUUCACCUAUUCACCAAAGGCAACUCUGAGUGGGAAAUGAAGAUGGCCCUGUUACACAACAGUUUUACCAACCUGACUCAAGAAAGAGACCAGUUACAGACCAGGUACACCAACCUGACUGAAGGAAGAGACCAGUUACAGACCAGUUACACCAUCCUGAAUCAAGAAAGAGACCAGUUACAGACCAGUUAUAACAUCCUGAAUCAAGAAAGAUACCAGUUCCAAAAAAGAAUUGAAGACAUGACCAAAGAGAUAACUGAUCUUCGUAAAAAGCUUCAAGAUCUGAGUAACAAACAAGAAUGGGUGUAUCUCAGCGGUAGUUUCUACCACGUUUCUUCUACCAAGAAGAAAUCCUGGCAAGGAAGCAGAGAUGACUGUGUGCAAAAAGGUGCGGACCUGGUGAUUAUCAACAGCAGAGAAGAACAGGAAUUCAUUAGACGGUUCCCAAAGCCCAUGUGGAUUGGACUGACUGAUAAAGAGACAGAGGGGAGAUGGAAAUGGGUGGAUGGAACUCUGCUGACCCAAAGCUACUGGAUGCAUUUAGAACCAAAUGGGCGUUUGUCUAGAGAUGAAGACUGCGCAGAAAUAUCCAACAAUUUUCUCUCAAACAGCUGGAAUGAUGACCUGUGUAACAUUGAAAAAUUCUGGAUUUGUGAGAUGACAUCGCCUCUGUACAUGGCGAGGUUUGUCCGUGGAGAGCAGUCGGAGAUCACUGACUAUGUAAAUCUACCUGAACCAUCGGCCAGGAGUGUUGGCCAGGACGGGGGAGUGACUGCUGCAGGGUCUGGUGGAAAACUGUACAGACUGGUUGCUGUGAGCUUUGGACUGCUGUGUGUCUUACAAGUUGCCGUCAACAUUUCGCUGCAUCUCUACAGCUUUUACAGUAAGACACCCGACGAAGCGUUCAACUGCACAAACCUGAGGAGCGAACUCAUUACCUUUGAUCGCUUUUCGCAACAAGGAUGGGUGUAUUUCCGUCGCAGUUUCUAUUACUUUUCUACUGAGCAGUCAUCCUGGCAAAAAGGCAGAGCUGACUGUCAGCAGAGAGAAGCAGACCUUGUGAUUAUCAACAGCAAACAAGAGCAGGAUUUCACACGACAAUUUAAUAAGGUCUCAUGGAUUGGACUGAUCCCAAAAAGAGCCAACGGGACGUGGAAAUGGGUGGAUGACACUCUGCUGACCCAAAGCUACUGGAGCCCUGGGGAGCCAAAUGGUUUUGGAGGCAGAGAUGAAGACUGUGUAGAAACAAGGUUCCUUGAUAGGGAGAACAGCUGGAAUGACAUACCAUGUACUGAUCAAAACUUCUGGAUCUGUGAGAAGAUGAUAGAGUUGUAACACAGCUUAUAAAACUCUGAAUAACUAAAAUUAAAUUCCUGUUUAAUCCAGAUGUACACAUUCUCAUAUCCCACAACGAUAUAGGUCAUUUAUUCCUA